AUGCAGCAUUAGCAGGAUCAGCCCUUGCACCUGCCAGCAUCUGCGUUUAGCCCCUAUGCUUACCCCCCAUUCUCCCCCAGCAAGUGCAGUGCCAGUAGGUCACUCAGAGUGCCAGUCAGGGGCGGACUGACAACUCAUGGGGCCCCCAGGCAAUAGGGGAUCAUGGGGCCCCUGUGUCCUCUCCCACACUCAAACCACACCCAAAAAAGCCUAUGAAAGGUACCAGGGGCAUCUCAUGGGGCCACCUACUGACCCCGGGCCUCGGGCAGUGCCCAAGUUCUCGAAUGGUCAGUCCGUCCCUGGUGCCAGUACU